AUGACGGACUUAGACCUGAUCCAGGAGACCAAGACCUGGGAUGAGGCUCUGGACUACUGCAUAGAACGCAACACUAGCCUGGCUAGUAUGAACUCCAGUACAAUUAUGGAUCUGGCAGUGAAUAUGGCUAAAAAUGCCCAGACGGUUAACGUCUGGACUGGCCUGCGCUUUCUGAACCAUUGGUUCUGGGUGAAUGGAGGUGAUCUUGAAUACAAGGCCUGGUCUGAGGAGGGAGAGAUCCACUUCUGCUUUACCAAACUGCUGCAUAAUCCUCUGCACCAGAUCCGGGUGAAGCCCUGUCUCUUUGCACUGAACACCAGCCUCAACAACUAUUAUGUGAAUAAAAGUAUGACGUGGUCAGAUGCACGGGUGUACUGCUCUAAUAACUAUGAUGACCUGUCCACCGUAAGCAAUGAUGAACUGCAACCACUCUCUAAUAAUCCGCAGAUCACUGAGGAUUUUUACUGGAUUGGACUCAAGAGAAGUAGGCAGUGGCCAUGGUGGGCAUGGACCGGAGGUGAGGAUGCGACUAAUAUCCAGUGGGACAAAGACCAACCAAAUUAUAAUGGUGAAAAUUGUUGUGCUGUGAAAAGUUCCUCUUCUAAAGUGCAUGAUGUUGAUUGUGAUUGGCCUAAACCAUUUUAUUGUAUGGAGGACUCUGAGCUGACUGUGGUGCAGCAGGAAAGCACAUGGGAAGAGGCCCUGCUAUACUGCAGACAAAACUACAAAGAUCUGGCCACACUGAACUCAUAUGAGCUCAUGAAACAGGCAAAACAUAAGAGCAGAGCAGCCCUGACUGAUGAUAUGUGGAUUGGUCUGCGCUUUAUCGCUGGGCGCUGGUUUUGGGCAAAUGGAGAAACUUUUGAAUAUAAGGUUUGGUCUUCAGAUGGAGAGCUCCAGUGCCCUGCCAUGAAUCAGCGCUGUGCAGUUCUGAACCGUUAUAGUAUGGUUUGGACACCUGUGGACUGUGAGCAGAGAUUCAGCUUUCUCUGUACCAGUGAACCAUGAAAUGAAAUAUCUGAUUUUUUUUUUUAUGAUGAUAACAUGCCUAAA